CUUUCUCUGCUGCAGUUAACGAUUCUCAUCUUUCUCAGGUUCAGCAAUGCUACACACAGAGAAAGAUUUUAACGAACUUCUUAGCUGUAAAGAACAAGAACUGAAAGAGCUACAAGCGCGUCAAAUCCAUUUUCAGAAAACAACACUGCAAGAAACCCAAAAGCAACUUCAAGAAAUGAAUAGGAAAUUCAACAGUUUAAAGGAAGAUUUCACCUAUAACCUUAAAGUCCUGGAGGAGAGAGAUAGAGAGCUGGAGCGUUAUGAUACGUUGUUCACCCAAUUGAAAAUGGUUGAAAAUGCCAAACAGGCAGAAGUUAGUGACCUUAGAAUACAGGUAGAUAAGCUGCAGCAGGCACUUGCUCGGGAAACAAAAAAACAAGAGGUUCUGCAAUACCAAUAUAAACAAAAGCUUAAAGAACACCAGUUAGAGUUGGAGCGGCUUCACAGUUCUAAGGACUCUGAUAUCAAUCAGCAUUGUGAGGAAUAUGAGAAUAUGAAACAUCAACUGGAGAGAAAACUCCAGGAAGUAGAAGGUGAACUUGCUUUACAAAGACAGGAAUUGCUAGUGGAAUUUGAUGCAGAAGUGAAAAAGAGGGAACAUGAGUUUCGUCAGAAAGCGGAUGAAAUGAGCAAUAUAGUUCUCUCUCAUGAGCUUAAGGUUAAGUUAUUGACCAAGGAAUUGGAGGUUUUGAAAGAAGUUGGGGUGAAAGUGGCAGAAUCAUUGAAAGUGGCAGAAGCAACUAAUUUGGAGCUGGAGAAAGAAGUCAAAUGCAAAGAUUGGGAAAUGAAGGAUCUUGAAGCAGUGAAAGAUGUUCGGAUACGGGAUUUAGAAAGCAAACUUGAUUUGGUGCAGCUGAGCUGGAAAAAAGAAAAAGAAAUGUUUGAGAGAAAACAUGCAGCAAUCGAUCACAUUGCCAGGGAAAAGGAUGCAAUACUUGCUUCAGUGAAAGAGGCCCAUUCUGAACAAACACAUAAAUGGGAAAAUCAAAUCCGAGAACUGCAGAUAAAUAAGGAAACUUUGGAAAUGGAACUACAUCGGACUGAAUGGAGGCAUAGGGAUUACUUAAGAGAGAAAGAGGCUAUCAUUGAAAAACUUGAACUAGAGCUGGAGACACUGAAAACAAGGUGUGAUUCUCAAGUAGCUCAGAUAUCCAGGGAGACGGUUUCUAAAGACCUUCAGGUUCAAGCUCUGCAAGAAGCUGAGGUGAAGCUGAGAGCACAACUAGCUAGUAUAUUACAAGAUAUUGAAAGGUAUAAACAGCAGCUUUCACUUGCAGCAGAGAGAGAAGCGAUUCUGGAAAGAGCUAAAGUACAAAUAGAGCUGGACUGGCAGCGGCGUUGUGAGAAUGCUGAAAGGAAUCAAUAUCAGAAAUCAGAGGCUCUAAUACAGAGCCUGUCAACAGCUAGGGAACAGGUUACUGCUGAACUACAAGAGAAGGAACAGAAACUGCAUGAAAUGGAAAUGAUCUUGUCUGCUGUAACCCUUGAGAGAGACCAAGCCAUUCAGGAACUUCAAAAACAUGGUCACUUGCCAAAAGGAGAGAAACAGGCUACUGUUGGAGCCAUUGAACUAGGUUUUCCUUCUGCUGAGAUCCAGAGUUUACAAGAGCAAAACAGUACCCUGCGGGCUGCUAUUGCAGAAAUGAGGAGAGAAAUGGAAACCCUUAAUAAUCAGGCACCUUCCCCUGAACAUAUCAGAAUAAAAAUACAAGAUGCAGAUAGGACUGGCUGUGCUGCAGUUUCAUUCAGCCCUGGAUUGGACUAUGUUCAAUCCCUGGAAGAGGAGAUCAGAAAAUUGAAGAAAGAAUCCCGGGCAAUGGACAAACAGCAUGAAAAUGCAUCUGAAGUUCAUGGGAAAUUAUUUGUGUCUUCUCUAAACUCAUCCAGUUGUAAUAAAAAUACUCAAACUUCUCAUCAGGACCACAUUAUCAGUGGGAAGGAUGGUACAUUGCAUUCAGAUGAAGUUGCUACCGAAACUGCUUUGAAAAAGCAUGACAUCAGAGCUCCGCAGGUGGAUUCAUUGGCAACGCAAGAACCACAAAUGGAUCCAGUGAUCAAGAGGCUUCAGGAGGACUUUGUACACCUUAGGCAACAGUUACUUGGCCUGGGGUCAGGUGAUGGGCUCCAUCGACAUACAGGAAGUCAUGUCGAAAUGAUGCAAGGUAGAUUGAAGGAAGCUGCAAGAAAGAUCUGCAGUCUGAGCAGAGAGAAACAACAGCUACUAGAGAUGGUGAACAGAUUAAGAGCAGAGCUUGGAGCAGCUUCAAAGGAAGAAUCUCAGGAUUUUAAGAGCUCAAAGCAACCUCAAGGCCACACUUUCCAUGGUGCCCUCUAUCCUAAAGAAAUUGUCAAGGAGGCUAAGCACCGUCUUCUGGCUUUAGAACAUCUACAGUACCAGCUUACAACACAGGAAUUACAAUAUGCACAGCGAAAGCAUGGUUCAGGAAAAUGUCCUGAAUUCAUUGAGAACAUAAAGAACAAAAAUGUUGCCAGCAACAGCAGCUAUAGUGAAGGAGGCGAAGUUCCUUUGAAACAGGUCCAAUUGGAAUCAUUUGUACAAAACCGCACUGCAAAUCUACCAAAGCAUGAAACCUCAGUGCCACACCAGUCUCCGCAACUCAGAAAAGAAAGUCCAAGUCAAUCCCAGGAAGGUGGAUUGUCAUCCUCUGGUGCACAUAGCUCCUUGGAGGAAAUUUGGCAGAUUCUAGAGAUGGGAUCAAGCCCUUCUGUUCUCAGCGCCCAGACCAAUAAUGAUCCAGAAAAAUCCCAGGUUAUCCAUGAACCUGAAAGACUUGAAAUCUCUGAAGAAAAAGGUCAAGAAAAUUAUAUACAGAGAGCACCAACAGCUCCAUUGACUGUUAGUGGGUCUAAAUUUUAUGUCCAGCCAAAGCUAAAACCAAAGAAGUUGUCUUACAACUAUUCCAGGAAGCCCCAAACUUCUCAGCGGAUAACCAGAAUCCGAAACUACAAUGAAAAGGAUUGAGCUUUCAGGAAGAUAUAAAAUGCUGUCUCUGAAAUAUGCAAGGUUUUGUUAUUAAGCUAUGAAAUCACGUAUAAGUAUUAGUCUGUCCAUUUCAUUGGUACUUCAGUCUCAUGAUGACAUUCACUAGUCCAGCUUCUCCUUAUUUCUGAUUUGACAAUAAAACUUCAUUAAUGUGGCUGUUAAUGAAUAUUGAAAGUGCUUAAUCCACCUUCUUACUCUGCAUCUUUACCUGGUGAAGACAUGCAUUAAUGUGCUUCAAGUGGAUCUCUGCAAUGAUUGGCUGAAUUUGAUGAAAAAAAUCUGAAUGUGGUUAAGCAUUCCAUCUGCUUCUGGGACAGACAUCAUAAAAGUUCCAUCACACUUGAAGAGGGGGAUAAGUGCUGGUAGUCUAAACUUCAUCAAGAAAUGGUCAGACAAAUGAAUCAAUGAACAUCUAAACCACCAUAUUCCUGCAACUCAGGAACACUGUCACAAGUGUGAUCCACAAGAUGCACACUGAAUGUGAUAUGUUGGAUCAGCUUCAUGUUUGUCAUGGUGCCCAUGGUGGCCUGAACCACCUCAAACAAGGCAGCCACAACAUGAAUGUUUAGGUCCUCUAGAACCAUAGGCCUAGGGUUACUAGAUCCAAGGCCACCUUUAUCAGUUUAAGAAGGGAGACAGUCGGGCAGCAAGGUGGCCAGUACACUGCCCAAUAUCAGAUACAUGAACUCAGGCAAACAGGAAUCUUACAGGGAGAUGGAAUCCUUAUAAAAUACAGCAAUUCCCUCUUCCCAGCAUUCUGCCACGCCAAGAAUCCAAGUAGACACAGCUGGUAAGCUGAGCCAAGCAAAAAAAAAAAGCUGUUUGUAAGGGGAUAUAAAAUGUAAAGUAUUUUAAAUAUUGAUAUAGGAUGUGGAAUCUGGCUGUUCUGAAAUAGGCUUUAUUUAUCCCACCCACCCUUCAUUCUCUCAUGUUUUCCACCUCUUAUUACCAUGAAGCUGGGCUCUAGAGAAUAGCCUUACCCUCUUGGUCAUAAGAAUGGGGCAGGAAACUAAGGAGGUUUUUUUGGCUUAAACAGUGGGGUAAAAUAUUUUUUUUAAAAAUAGGGUUGCUUUGUGAAACCGAUUUUGAAACAUAAUAUAAUAAAGUAAAAUUUCUUUUCCUAACAUGUUUCCUUUAUUUGUAGUAAAAUACUCAAAUCCGAAUGAA